GGGUCCCGCCCCCGCCCGCCAAUAUCGCAGCGCGGCCGCGCGGCGCUUCCUUUCUGCGCUCGAGCACGUCGCGGACGCACCAGGCCCCGCCACCAUGCAGAACGACGCCGGCGAGUUCGUGGACCUGUACGUGCCGCGGAAGUGCUCGGCCAGCAACCGCAUCAUCGGCGCCAAGGACCACGCGUCCAUCCAGAUGAACGUGGCCGAGGUGGACAAAGUCACCGGCAGGUUCAACGGGCAGUUUAAGACGUACGCCAUCUGCGGGGCCAUCCGCAGGAUGGGCGAGUCCGACGAUUCCAUCCUCCGCCUGGCCAAGGCCGACAGCAUCGUGUCCAAGAACUUCUGAGGGAGCCGCCCGGAGGGGACGGAGGGGACGUCCUUCGUGAAUAAACGGCGCGAGCCCACCA